CCAAUCAAUACACACUACUACCUGCUCGUUACUGGACGCGCUUAUAACGAUUCUCCUUCAAACCGCUUUUUAAACACAUGCUCUUGUUUAUUUGGCUUGCAGAGGCACGGCUUGAUCCUAUGAGGUCACUUGUAAACACGGCCAGCUGAUAUAGUGUGUGUGAGGGGUUUCAUGGAGGGCUCAAGUAUUAAAAACAGAAUAAAAAAUCUCCUGCGGUCGCCGUCUAUAAAGCUGAAGAAGAACCGACGGCUGGAGAAAGAAAACCUGACUAACAAGUUAACUCUGGAGAGAGUACUUGGUAUCACGACUUCAGGAAGUUGUGGACUGACGUGCGAUCCUUGCUCCGGGACUGUCGCCUAUCUUGCCGGGUGUGUAGUAGUGCUACUGAACCCCACAAAGAACGGACAGCAGCACAUAAUCAACACGUCCAGGAAAACUAUAACUGCUGUAGCCUUUUCAUCAGAUGGCAAAUAUCUUGUUACAGGAGAGUAUGGUCACCUUCCUGCAGUGCGGGUUUGGGAUGUGGCUGAUGGCUCUCAGGUGGCAGAGCUACAGGAGCACAAGUAUGGUGUGGCCUGUGUGGCCUUCUCUCCAAACAGCAAAUACAUUGUUAGCAUUGGCUACCAGCAUGACAUGAGUGUCAACGUGUGGGCCUGGAAGAAAAACAUGUUGGUGGCUGCUAACAAGGUGUCCAGUAAGGUGACGGCAGUGUCUUUUUCCGAGGACAGCUCCUACUUUGUGACCGCUGGGAACAGACAUGUCAGAUACUGGUACCUAGAACCCUGCAACUCCAACAAGCAGCUCACAGCCCCUGUUCCACUGCUUGGGCGCUCGGGCCUGUUGGGGGAGUUACAGAACAACAACUUCUGCGAUGUAGCCUGUGGCCGUGGUGGGAAGUCUGAAAGUACGUUCUGCAUCACUUCUUCAGGACUGCUCUGUGAGUUCAACGAGAGGAGGAUGCUGGAUAAGUGGGUAGACCUACGGACCAGUACAGCGAGUGCUCUUUUUGUCACCGAGGAGCUGAUCUUCUGUGCAUGCGCUGACGGAACCGUGCGAGUGUUCAGUCCAUCUGACCUGCACUUCAUCUGCACCCUGCCUCGACCUCAUCACCUGGGCACAGACGUAUCUGCUGUAAGCCAGACCAGUCACCUGUUCUCCAACAAACCAGAUGCCCGCUACCCUGACUCGGUAGCUGUGACCUAUGACCCUGUUAACUUCUGGCUGUCGUGUGUGUAUAAUGACCACAGCUUGUAUGUGUGGGACGUUCAAGAUUUGCGGAGAGUGGGAAAAGUGUACUCUGGUCUCUACCACUCUGCCUGGGUGUGGGACGUGCAGAUAUACCCUGGGGCUAAAGAGGAACCUCUGACAGGGCUCACUUCUUCAGGGUUGUUCUUCAGCUGCUCUGCAGACAGCACAGUCCGCAUGUGGAGCACAGAGCCACAGAUCAACCCAGCCAAUAGCAAUCUUCUCAGCAGUGAUCUUCGGAAGGUGAUUUAUACAGCUAGUAACAGCACGUGCCUGCUGGACACUGAGGGAACAGGCACCAGCUGCACAGAGAAGCCAGAGGAGCAGCCUGCAGAGAGCCGAACGGGCAUCAGAACCAUCUGUGUGAGUCCAGAUGGCAAACAUCUGGCCUCAGGAGACCAGAAUGGCACAUUAAGAAUUCAUGAGCUUAACACUAUGGAGGAGGUACUUAAGGUAGAGGUGCAUGACUCCGAGAUCCUGUGCAUGGAGUACUCCAAACCUGAGACAGGAAUGAAACUGUUGGCGACGGCGGGUCGAGAUCGCCUGAUUCGUGUACUGGACGUUGAGGAAGAUUACAGUCUACUGCAGACCCUGGAUGAGCAUUCCUCCUCCAUCACAGCUGUCCGCUUCGCUGCCAAUGAGGGGAAGGUGAGGAUGAUCAGCUGUGGAGCCGAUAAGAGUGUGUACUUCCGCACUGCCCACAGGACUUUCAGAGGAGUCAAAUUUAAACGCACACACCAUGUGGUGCGAAAGAGCUCUCUUCAUGACAUGAACGUGGAUCCCACCUGCAAGUAUGCAGCUGUAGGCUGUCAGGACCGACACGUCAGAGUGUUUAACAUAAACAGUGGGAAACAGAAAAUGUCCUUUAAGGGCUCUCGGGCCGAAGACGGCAGCCUUCUCCGGGUUCAGAUGGACCCGUCUGGCCUCUACGUGGCCACCAGCUGCUCAGAUAAGAAUCUCAGCCUGUUUGACUUCCGAACCGGAGAGUGUCUGGCUGCCGCGUUCGGCCACUCGGAAAUCAUAACCGGCAUUAAAUUCACAAGUGACUGCAGGCAUCUGAUCUCGGCCUCGGGAGAUAGCUGUAUCUUUAUAUGGCGUCUCGCUCCUGAGAUGAGCAUGAACAUGAGGGAGCGGCUGGAUCAGUUCACGCACGCUACGAGCGGCCCAGCUUUUGCAGAGUCAGUGAUCAGACGGGCCUCUACAAGCAGCCUGGCGAUGCACAGCACCCUGUCUCUAUUGACCUACUCCUCAGAGAGUGAGGAAGACUACAAUGAAGAAACAUUUGAGGAUAUCCAGACCCCAGAUUACCAUGAUCUGCACCAAACAUCAUUAGAAGAGGAUCAGGGUGCUUCUGAUGACAUGAAUGACUGGGAUUCUUCGAAGUUCCAGGAGUCGUCUACAGGUUCCAGCGUGUCUGAGCAAUCUUUGCCCGAGGUUCCACACAGGAGAAAACGCUGGAACUGUAGGAUAGGCUCAUUUGAGCUGAUGGUGAAGUCCAUGCUGGAACUUCAUCAGUUUGAGUCAUUUUCUAAGCCCGGCUCUCCCCUAAGGGGCUCGACAGGCCAGCUCAGCGACCAGGCCUGUAGCAGCACUGCCAGCCUGCACAAAGACACUAAAUGGAGUAAGAGGCGGCAGGCUCGUCCUGACUCUUCCUGGUUGGGUGCUACCUCGUCUCCUGAACCCGAGGUUGUAAUACUGAGUUCCGAACUGUGCCCAAGCACUGACAGCUUGCCUGGAGCAUACCAGGUGCAGGAGGAGGAGAGCCAGGAGAGCCACAGCCCUGACAGAGGCAGCUCCAUGGGCUAUGCUAGUGGAGGAUCCAGCCCAGAGCAGGCCUAUGAAGGCUCAGAUGAUCCUGAGCUACUCAGCAAUGAUGAGGAUGAUGAAGAGGUGGCAAGGGGAAGGCCAUUUCACCAACCAGAGAGCCCUGAACAAGAGAGUUUCCUCAAGAAACACUUUGAGACACUGGCUGACACCAACGACACGGCAGGUAAUGAACCCAAACCCCAGAGCAGCACUUCAGUGUGUUUCUUUUCCCAUGGCUCCACCCCCAGGAGGCUUUCCCAAUUCCUCUCCAAGACUGAUGAGAAGUCUGAAAAAUGUGCUGUAUUGAAACCCCUGGUGUCCACAGUACGUCCCUUGCAGAAGGACAACGGUCAGGGGGCGAACUUGGACCAGAGAGCAGACGCGUGCAGUUCAGAGCAGCUACACUCAGCCCCCAAGAGGAGGAAAACUUGCAGGAUGCAGAAUACAACCAGCCCAAUAAGCAUGUCCAGGGUGAUGAGCCCUGCAGACAAGUCACUUUUAAAUUCCAUGUCGGCACUCGGCCUAACAGCGAACAGUCGAAAGUGUGUAACCACGUCCCUUUUGAAGCAAGCGCCUGGACCUUCCACACCUGAGGUUCUCGCAGACAGGAACGAUUCGAUAUUGCGGCACCCGUCUCCCACAGACUCGCCGUCUCCGCUGCCAUGGGAAAGCCCAAACACUAACCGGCGUCUCAAAGUUCGCUCCUACAUGAGUCCCACUACUAGCUCCAGAGCCAAAAUCAGCCGCUCCAUGUCCCACAAAGAAGGUCUUCAUCUUAACCUGUCCAGUGGUCAGACAUCUCCAUGCCCAGGAUCAUCCCCUAGCAGUCCAUUUCAUGCCAGCAGUCUUUUGCAAUCUCUAUCUGCCCCUCUCCCUGGUCCAUGCAACCCAGCUGUACCAAGAUUGAGCUAUGGUGGAUGUUCUCCAAACCCUACUGCUAAAAUCACCAAGGCCCGUGUCUCAGCAAGAAUGAGUAACCCUCUAUCUGAGUAUCCCAGCAGGUCCACACCUACUCCCAGUACAGACUCUGCUGCACUCUCAAACAAUGUUACUAAGACUGGAGUUCAACACGGAGAUAAAUGCUAUACAAAGGGUCAGGUGGAGCCUACAAAGAAUGUGUUCCCCAUCCCCGUCUCUCAGUCCGUGUCUGUAAAAGACUCACUGAGCCCUAAAACUUCAGCCCACACCCCACAACACCCCCUAGUGGAUGUCCAGGCCUACAGUGUGGCCUGCAAGAGCCAGUCUGAUCAAGCAGAGCCCUCGAUGAACCUGGAGACUUGCAGACAGGCUGCGGCAGAGCUGUACAAUAGCGUGAAGAAGGCCACUCAGCUCUACACUGUGGUGAGCUCCUGUGUUGGAAAUGUGGGUUCAGAGCUGCAGGCGAUGGAUCGUGUGCUGAUGGAGGCGCUGUUCAUGGCACGCUCUGAGCUGGAGGCUGUUCCAGGACUCACCCCUGCAUCAGCGGUGACUGCACUUGGUGAAGGUGAAGAGAAGACACUAGCUCUGCUGGAGCAGUACUCUCAGCUUCUACUGCAGUCUGUAGAGAAGAGACUCGAACACAAAAUCUAGUCUCAAAAAUCUAUGCGAGACUAAUAUCCUGACCUCAUUAAUAUAGUAGUGAAGUAGUAGAUUAUGCACUGGAUAUCUAUCCAGAAAGGAGAUAUGUGAAGUGAAGAGAGCAAAUUCGACAUUUUUUUUGCACAGAUUUUAACGGUCAAAAUUUUAUAUCAGGAAUUUAGUUUUGUGUUCAUUCUUUGCUUCUGAGCACUGCCCUAAGAUAAACAACCAAGUUUUAUAGUGUUUUAACGUGAGCGUUUUAUGUAAGUAUAUAAUAAGUAAGUAUAUGCAUUUAUGUUUUUUAAAUACAUGCUGGA